AUGAAGAGUAGUGAUUGUGUUUCGGGUUUCACUGUUUAUUUGACUGCUUUGAAUAUGAAGAGUACUAGUAUUGCUGACGUAUUGAAUAUAAAGAAAGUUAGUUUGUUGUUGAAGUCUGUGAUUCGAACAAAUCCAAAGCAUCCAGCGGGUUGGAUCAAAUCUGCGAGAUUAGAGGAAGAUGCUGGUAAGAUUCGGAAAGCAAGAGAGUUGAUAAGAAAAGGUUGUGAAGAAUUUCCAAAGAAUGAGGAUGUGUGGAUGGAGGCAUGUCGGUUGGUGAAUCCGGAUGAAGCUAAGGGUGUUAUAGCUAGGGGUGUUAAAGCGAUUCCCAAUUCGGUAAAACUUUGGAUACAGGCUGCAAGAUUGGAACAUGACGCUGCCAAUAAAAAUAGGGUUUUAAGAAUGGGUCUUGAAAAGAUACCAGAUUCUGUGAGGUUAUGGAAAGCACUUGUGGAACUUGCUGCUAAUGAGGAUGAUGCAAAGCUUUUGCUUCAGAGAGCGGUGGAAUGUUGCCCGUUGCAUGUGGAGUUGUGGCUAGCCUUAGCUCGGUUAGAAAAGUAUGAUGCGGCUAGGAAGCUGUUAAAUAAGGCAAGAGAGAAGCUCCCUAAAGAACGAGCAAUUUGGAUCGCUGUAGCCAAACUGGAAGAAGCUUUUGGAAACACAUUUACGGUUGGGAAGAUAAUAGAAAGGGGUAUUGGGGCUUUACAGAGAGAAGGAGUGGAGAUUGAUCGGGAAGCUUGGAUGAAAGAAGCUGAGGCUGCUGAAUGGGUUGGUUUCGUGUGGACAUGUAAUGCUAUCAUUAGUAACACAAUUGGGAUUGGGGUGGAAGAAGAAGAAGACCGUAAGGCAACUUGGCUUGCUGAUGCAGAAGAGUGCAAGAAAAGGGGUUCCAUCGAAACUGCUAGAGCAAUUUAUGGCUGUGCAAAUGCUGUCUUUAAAUCAAAGAAGGUUGCAUAG